AUGGUAAUACCUUUCUUAAAGAAGGUAUAUGGUGAUAGCAUGCGCAAGGUUUUGCAUGUAGGUCCUGAUACCUGUUCAGUGGUAUCUAAACUUUUGAAAGAAAAGGAAACUGAAGCCUGGGGUGCAACCUAUGAUAUAGAAGAUGCUGAAGUAAGCUGCAAGAGUCUUGUGCGCAAAGGCAUUGUGCGUGUGUCCGAUAUCAAGUUCCCUCUUCCGUAUAGGCCAAAGUCCUUUUCUCUUGUAAUUGUUUCAGAUGCCCUUGAUUACUUGUCUCCAAAAUACCUGAACAAGAUUCUUCCUGAAUUGACAAGGGUGGCCUUUGAUGGUCUAGUAAUUUUUAGAGGUUACCCUGGUCAUCAGAGAGCAAAAUUGGCAGAAUUGUCCAAAUUUGGUCGCCGGGAUGUUUCAUUUGUCAAGGCUAAAAUGUGGAGUUCAUCGUGGUGGGUUCGAUUUUUCGUCCAGUCUAGUUUAGAAGAAAACAAUGGUGCUAGUAAGAAGUUUGAGCAGGCUGCAUCAAAGGGAUACCAUCCAGCUUGUCAAGUGUUUCACCUCAAACCAUAUCACUGAUACAAGAGAAAUUCAUCAAUAUCAAGUUUCCUUAAUUUUGUGUGUCAUGCAUUGAAGGUAAACUGCAAAAUAUAUU